AUGACUCAUUCCGCUCAAAUGGAACAAGCAACCGAAGACAUCCACUCCAUGUUCCCAGACUCCGGUGCUAUGGAAAACAUGGCUGGUGAGACUCUGGUCGAAUCUUACCAGUCGCUAGACCCCGCUCGCGCCCUGCUGGAAGACUACAACCGUUCCAUGCUGCAGUACACCCAGCGCCAAAUGUCUUCCUUCGUCGACACGGAUGACACUCGUCGCAAUAGCCAGAGCAGCGGCCAGAGCGGUCGCAGCAGCGCCUCUAGAGGCAGCAGUAUGUCUCAACAGGCGAAUCCAUCUUUCACAUCCGUCAGCAGUGCCGCGCACCCUGUCGAGACUAAGCUCAGUGGCCGCGACAUGACUGCGGCCAAGUCGGCUGGAUAUUAG